AUUCACUCGGGUUAGUGACUCGAACUAAAGAUGUCAAAUGGUGCUCAUGUGACUCUACACUGUGGACAAAAUGGUAGACGUCCCUAAAAAUUUUGUCCAUAAUCCUUCGUCGACAUUCUCCACUUUCCGCUGAUUUCUUGCAAUCCUAAAGCCAACAAAAUGUUGUCCCUGAGACAAGGAUCGAGACUUGGCUUUCACUGGAUGAUUAGAGAUAUUAAGUCGAGACAGUUCCAAGAAACUUUUGCAAGAACAUCAUCCAGAGGACUUUUGUGUCAGGCUUGUCAGCCAUGUCAGUUAUACAGCUCGGAUAACUCAAGGAAACUCUAUGCUGAACAGCUAAAAACGAGGGGAGUCAUUCAAGUGACAGGCAAAGAUGCAUCAGUCUUUCUUCAAGGACUUAUCACCAAUGAUAUGAACUGCUUGGAUUGCCAUGGGUGUAAAAGUGUUUAUUCCAUGGUUCUUAAUGCCCAGGGCAGGGUUUUGUAUGACAUCAUCAUCUACAAUGCAAGCAGCGCUGAGAAAGUGCUGGACAACUUUCUCAUUGAAUGUGAUGCAGAGGUAUCUCAAGAAUUGGUGAAACAUAUGAAAAAAUACAAAUUGCGGAGGAAGGUAACUGUGGCUGAUUUGAGUGAAUCCCAUAAACUGUGGUCAUUCUAUCGGCCAGCAGAGCAUGCGUCAACACCAGAGCCUUCACUGAAAUUAGAAUUUAAAGAUUCCAGAUCUGUAGUGACUUGUACUUCUGAUCCUAGACUAAAAUCCUUUGGUUGGCGGUGUAUUGCAACAUACCCUGUAGAAGGCCUUGAUGUAGAAACCCCCUGCAGCGAUUCUUCCUAUGAUAUUGAGAGGAUGAAGCUUGGUAUUGGUGAAGGCGUUGUGGAUCUUCCUCCCGGGAAAGCCUUGCCACUCGAGAGCAAUCUGGUGUACCUUCAUGGAGUGAGUUUCAAUAAAGGUUGUUAUGUUGGCCAAGAACUGACUGCCAGAACUCAUCAUACGGGAGUAACCAGAAAGAGAUUAGUUCCAUUGACAUUAGAAUCAGAACAACCCGGUGUGAUUUCACCUGGCUCAAACAUUGAGAAACCCAAUGGACGAUCUGCUGGAGUUCUUCGCAAUUUGCUCAGUAAAUAUGGACUUGGAGUGGUACGGUUAAGUGAAAUGAAAAAUGACUUGUCUGUGUCUGCAGCUUCUGGAGUGAAGGUAAAGGUGAUGCCUCAUCAGCCAGCUUGGUGGCCAAAGGAGGAGGAUUCAGAAUCAUCUAUGGGAUGAUCUCCAGAUGAAUCAAACAUUUCUUUAUAACUGUGUUACACACAUUAAAAUGGUAGGGAAUGUAUCACUUAAUUCUUCUGUUUGCUUCACUGUUGGUUAUCAAAGUGAGAUGGGGUCAGACUGGCUACUGGCAGUAGUGUGUCGUCCUUGCUAUUACCGACGUGUGGUCCUUGGUUGAAGGUCAUGAGUGGCUGUCUCCUGAAAGUUGUUGAUUCUAUGCAAUGACAACUCAACCCCAAAAUCACGUUGUACGAAUUUGACAUUUAUUUUAAUAAAGUAUACAAUAUAAUCA